GUCAAUUGUGACAACUCAUGUCUAGUUUUGUCUACUGGAGUGCUGAUUGUUGUGUUUGAAUUUUAAAGUACCUUUAAUUAUUUUUUUAACGUCUUUUGAAAAGUUUUUAGUAACUUAUAAAUUUCUUUAAAAAACAACCUACAGUGACAAUGGAAUCCGAUAAUUUAGCCAAACAAAUAGAGGAGGUUGAAGCUCUCACUUCGAUUUACAGCGAAGACUUUGCUAUAGAUAGUGAAACACUUAGAACAUACAGCAUUAAAAUAAAGGAUAAUAACAAUGAAGUAAUAUUGACUGUUACCAUGCCGCCAGAAUACCCAGGACAAGCGCCACCAAAAUACGAAUUAUCUGCCCCUUGGAUGGAUAGAAAAGCUAAAGAAAAUCUGAAGCAUUGUUUAGAUGAAGUCUACUUGGAAAAUAUAGGUGAAACAGUAAUAUUUCAAUGGGUGGAGAAAGUUCGUGAAAUGUUACAAAAAAUUAAAACUGUUAAGCCUGAAAAAAAGGAGCAACUUGAGGACAAAAUAGAUGAGACUUUGGAUUUAUCACAGCUAGAUAUAAAGUGUCCAGAAAUUACCCAUGGCAGUGUUAUUGUUGAUAGAAAAAGUUCUUUUCAAGGACAUGCAGCACAGGUGCAUAGUGUGGAUGAUGUAACGGCAGUGCUGUACAAAUUGAAACAGAAUAAGAAGUUUCAAAAUGCGACACACAACAUGUACGCGUAUCGGAUAGAACGGCAAACGUCGAAGGGCACAACAAUAUUGCAAGAUUGCGAUGACGACGGUGAAACGCAUGCGGGUGGGCGGAUGCUGCAUCUCUUGCAAAUACUGGACCAGAAGAAUACCCUAGUUGUAGUGUCUAGAUGGUAUGGCGGUAUACAAUUAGGUCCAGAUAGAUUUCGACACAUCAAUAAUGCAACCAGACAAGUUAUACAAGAAGCUGGGUUAUUGAAAAAAUGACAAUAAAUUUAAUUUGAAACUCACUAAGGAACAAGUAAUAAAUUUCUUUCACAUUAUGUAGAUAUGUAAUUUGCUUGUAAAUAUGUAAAUAGAAUUAUCAAUUGUCUCUAUUAUAUUAUGUACGUUAAACAUUCAAGAAUUAAAUUAAAAGAACGAAAAAGAACUGAAAAGAACGUCAAUAAAUCGAUAAAAGACAACUGAGCAAAAUUUAAAACCUAACUUGAUCUCUUGUUUUGAAUUUAUGAUUCUAAAUUUCUAUACUAAUAAAUAUAAAGCCUUAGAGUUUGUUCGGUUGGUUGAUCAUUUAUCUUUAACUACUGAACCAAUUUCAAUAACUUUUGACAGUUGGAUUUGUACAUGAUCCCUUUGUGCUAUAUAUGUAUCACGGGCGCAACCGGGGCGAACUGCUAGUCAAAUAAAAAAUGUCUGUGAAAUUUUGAAUGUGCCUAACAGAAACGUGUAAAACGUGGAAGAGCAGAAAGAAAAGUUUUAGAUCUGACAAAUAUUGUAUGUCAUACAUGUGAAUUAGUUAUAGUUUGAAAUAAAUAUUGUUACUUUUGUU